AAUAGUUUCAAUUUUCAAUGCGUUGUGUUGGUGCAUUUAUCAUUUCAAAUUAUUUUUAAGAAUUAUUUAAAUAUAUAAUUAUAUAUUUUGUGAUCACAAACGUAAAAGCUAAACUAUGCCAGAAAAUAAGAACUUAGUCCAAUGUUAUAACCGCGGUUGUGGUCAGCUUUUCGAUCCUAACCACAACGAUAGAGAUGAAUGCUGCCACCACCCUGGUGCACCAGUCUUCCACGAUGCAUACAAAGGGUGGUCUUGUUGCAAUAAGAAAAGUGUGGAUUUCACAGAAUUCCUCAAUAUCAAAGGAUGUACCAUGUCAAAUCACUCUAAUGUGAAACCACCAGAACCGGAGAAGAAGGUGUUAGACAAUGAAUUGGAAAAGAAGGAAGUAAUAGAAGUUAGAGCACCUAUAGUUGGGCCCCAGCUAACUAGACCUCCGUUUGAGAGCCCAAUGACCACUAUAGAACCUCGUAUUGCAGAUGCUUUGAAAGCUAAUCUACAGAAAGCAACUCAACAAGCAGCUGCUGCCCUUGAAGAAAACAAAACAGCAGAAAUUGGAACAAUUUGUAAGAAUGGAGGAUGCAACACAUCAUAUGAGGGGCCACAGAGUAACAGUAGUAUGUGCACAUACCAUCCAGGCUGCCCAGUGUUUCACGAAGGGCUGAAGUUUUGGACCUGCUGCCAGAAAAGAACAACAGACUUUGAUACAUUCUUGAGUCAACCAGGAUGUACCACAGGCACUCAUAAAUGGUUUAAAGAAAGUACUCCAGCAGGGACUAUGAAGUGUCGCUGGGACUGGCAUCAAACGCCGGAGUAUGUGAUUGUCAGUGUGUAUGCCAAGAAAUAUGACCCAUUCGCCAGUCACAUUAAAGUAAACCCUAUUCGCCUUAACACAAAGUUGAUUUUUCAUGAAGAAGGAAAUGCAGUAUUUGAAAUAGAUCUUGAAUUAAGAGGAGUAAUUGAUGUAAGCAAAAGCAGUGCAUCUAUGACAGGUUCUAAAGUAGAAAUAAAACUAAAGAAAGGCGAGCCAGGUGCUUGGAGCAAGCUAGACUUCCCGAGACAAGCUGAGCCGAAACCUGAACCACAGAAACCUGAAGAAGACCAAUUAGAAGAUGAUUCAGUAGACUUGUCUACCGUCGAAGCCAUCCAUUCUAUGGGGAAAGUGAAUGUCACGGGUUGAUACACAAAUUGGACAUCUGUGAAAAUAUUUAUUAUAUUAUGUACUGUUCCAUGUGUUCUUUAUUACUUAGAUAUUGUUUAUUUUGUACUAGCGAACGAAAAAAGCUUCACAAGAAAACAUUCGAAUAAAGCUGCCGUUUGUAAAA